UCCUCCCUCCUCCCUCCUCCCUCCUCCCUCCUCUCCUCCUCCCUCCUCCCGGCACCAAGAAAAGAACACCUGGCGGACGUGUACGACUUCCAGCGCGGUGCGCCCAAGGAGACAAGGCCCUGGGUGAGUGGCUGUCGGUGAUGAGCAAGCUCUUGCGCAUGCUGCGCAGCACGGCUGUUGCGAACAUCACCAUCACAUCGGUGCACCGGGCGCCCGCGGCAAGAUGACGGGGCAGCUCAUCGUGGCCAUGGGGGAGCCUGGCCUGCCGUAUGAGUUGCACCCGCCAGUGAUCGGGGCCCAGCGAGUGCUUCCCCCCCUCCCACACACGUUCGGAGGGUCAUCGGAGGGUUUGCGGCUGUACCGUUGCGACCGCACAGACGGUCCACCCUCCACAGCGAGCGUGCGGCUCUUCCGUAUUGGCCGCGUGGGAUGGGUGCAUUUCGCCACGGCCGCGGUGCAAAGUGGGCGCGGGAGGCCAGGUCCGCCGAGGGAGCGAUGGUUGCGGGUGUGGUAUGACCUGAAGUUCUGUGGCCAGUGAACGUGCUCCAGCACGCACGCACGCUCUCUACCUGGGGACCUGAUUGGCCGUCUUGGGACAAUCGCGGAGAUUUCUUGGGCCUCCGCGCGCCCGGCGGACACCAGAGACCGCGAGUUUGCGAAGCUUGUUCCAGCAGCCCACGGGGC